AUGGCUCUCCUUCUGCUUCUGCUUCUGCUUCUGCCUCUGCCUCUGGCCCAGGUACCGCUGUCCCUAUCUCUGCUUCUACUGCUGAGGUGGUACUUACUCUUGAGUGUGGUAAUGAGGUUGUCGUUGCUCCUUCGGAUCUUUGAAGUGAGGCCUACCGUGAGGCAGUACAGACCGUGGUUCAAGACGUGGACGUUGCUCUCUUCAAAGGAGAGAACAUCGCACAUUUUGCGAAGAAAAUUGGGCAAAUGCUGGAGCAGAUUUUCGUAUUUUGACGAUUGCGAUACCCUCGGCCAAAGGGAAGACAGGGCGGAUAUUCACAGAGCACUCGUAUCGGUCUACCAGAAACUUCUCGAGUUCUUUGUCUCUGCCUACGGGUUAUUGAUGAAGAGAGGGGCUAGAAUGGUGUUGGCUGUAAUAUCAGAUGCCGGCACUCUACCGGAUAUUGCCAAAGACUUCUUGAAACAAGCCGAACACCUCCAAAAGAUUGUGGACAAAGCCAUUCUCGAUAUUGUCCAGGACAUUAAAGCGCUGCUUUACGAUGAGAAAACCUCUCAAUGGUUAGGUCACGAUAAGCCGCCUCAGCAGAGUCGCCAUCAUAAUGAUGAGACGGGGCACGCGUUAUACAUAUCCUCUUCCUUGAUUCUAUCGCUUUUGGAACAGCGUGUUGGAAAUUUCGAGCCUUCGACAAAUGCCCAUCAGUUGGCCGAGUUCUUUCAGAGGACUGUUGAAGAACUUGAUCGGCCACUUUACCUAGUAAUUGAUGGCUUGGACGAGUGCGACACGAAAUCUCGUGGUAUACUUUUCAAAUUUCUACAAAGUCUAUCGUACAAGACCCCAGGAUUGAAAGUUGUGCUAUCUUCUCGCCCCUGGGAAGAGAUGCUGGAUCAACUGAAUGGGGUUUCAAAGAUUGAUAUCGGUUCUGAUACCGAAAGAGAUGGUAUUAUCGCUCAGAAAACCGUCGAAACAAUACUAACCUCUCUAGCUACGGAUAUCAAACAGCUCGUCGUGAAGAGGCUCUCUAGUUUGGCACAAGGAAGUGCCAUAUGGACGAAGAUGAUAGUCGAAGUCAUUGCUGCCCGUAGAAUCCGGGCACUUGGCCGCAUGAGAAAAUUCUUGGAUGAUAUACACAACCACAGCAACUCUCAGGAUUAUACUCCAAUCUAUUCAUCCAUUCGAUGCGCUGGAGAUGAGCUGGAGACCCAAUAUAUGGCCGCUACGGCCUUGGGAAUUCUCGCCAUAGCUCGAAGACGGCUAAACAUCCUCGAAUUCGCUUGGGCGAUCCAGAUGUUACGAUUGUCGCCGAGGUUGCUGAACUGGUGGAUCAUCAGGAAUAUGGAAAAACUUCCCCCAACAGGAAGUAAAACGGCGGCCCCAGCUAGCACAUUAAGCCUAGAGAAGAGCAUCUUCGAUAUCUGCGUCCGAUACCUUCUCCUCGACGAAAUCAACGAUGUUGCUCUGUUUUACGAUGAGCAGUAUACCAUUGAGGAAUUACCUAAAGACUUGGAUUUGUUCAGCGACGAUAAUGACGCCGCUGCCUAUAAUGCUGAUUGUUCGUGGGAGAAUUGGGAGGAGGGGAUGAUCCGGUACGACCCAGCGGAUCGUGGACUUGGCGAGCUCUUUGUCUACGCUUGCUGCCGCUGGAUAAGUCAUUUUAGGUCUGCCACAACGGAACCUCUCCCCGAUUUAAACAGUAUUGAAAAGCUGUGCCAAGCCAACUCGACCAGGUUGCACAACUCGACCAGGUUGCACAACUCGACCAGGUUGCACAACUCGACCAGCCAGAACAGUCGACCGGAUUGCGUUGUUCAGGCAAGAUUUGAGUUCGACGGCAGCCUAAUACGACCCCCUGAACAUUACAUCGCUUUGCGGAUCGGAAGUACUGCUGCUUAA